GCCUUUCUUGUCCUGCCAGAUCUUCUGACACGCCUUAAGGUGUUUUCCUUCCUCAUUCCACGUGUAAUUGGAUACCUUUUUUUUGUUUUGUUUCAAGAAUACAACACGAAAUAGCAAUCUUUUUCAGUCUGGCCUUAAAAGCUCUAGUAUUUCUGUAAACUGGAGGAAAUUAGGAAAUAGGUCGUGUUAGGUUUGGGGGGGGGAGGGAGAAGCCCGAACCUGGGGCAGGUACGGACAGGUACUGUCCGCACGCACCUCUGGAGGCGGAGCCCCGGCGGCAGCGAGCGAGCAGCCAUGGAGUGCGACUGUAAACCACAGAGUGCCUGCACGUCCUUGUCUGCCUGCGGGGAAAACGCCGAGCUGGAGGAUCUUUGGAUAAGCUCCAAAAGUGUGCUGACGGGGGCGCUUACAGUGGUGGGGUUCCUGUUCUACAGAUUCUCACAAGCUCUUCCAUUUUUAAUAAGGUGGCCAAUACGUCUGUUCUGCUCUCUCACCGGUUUGUCCUCGUUGUGGGGCUGGCUCUCCCGUUUGCUGAGUACCGUUCGAGGGUUACAGACUUUAGUGAAGUGGCUGUCUCCUCUUUGGAAGUUCAUAUUAGCACUGCCUACCAAACUCAGCUGGGUGCCAGCGGUAAUCAAAGCUGUUGCAGGCUCUCUCACUAACAUAAAGAAGUACCUGCUGGCUCUGAGAGACCUCAUCCAGCGCCUGAGAGAAAACUCCAAAGGCAAGUCCCCAAAAGUUGGACAGUCCACAAAUCCUGGCACUCUGAGCAGUCCUGCCCCUCUCGCGCCCGGCCCCUCUGAUGCCAGGCUGCGGGUCAUUCUGGUCGGGCCCCGGGGGGGCGGCCGGAGCCGGUUGGGGGACACCCUGCUGGGCUGCGCAGGGCUUUCCGGGGCCUCCGGGCACUGUGUGAGCCAUCGGGCCGUCCUGGGAGGGAGAGAGGUGACCGUUGUGGACACCCCGGACCUGCUGGGGUCGUCCCUGGGAGCCGCGGGACGGGCGCGGGAGGCCCUGCGGAGCGUGCAGCUGGCCAGCCCGGGGCCACACGCCUUCCUGCUGGUGAUGCGGGCCCCCGGGUCGAGCGGCGCGGGCGGCGGGGACGAAUCAGAGGCCUUGAAGACGCUGCUGGACCUGGUGGGGGAGGGGGCCCGGGGUCACGUGCUGCCGGUCCUCACCCACGCGGACUCCCUCGGGGGCUCCCCCACGCUCGCCCAGCUGCUCGGGGGGGCCCCGGCCGGCCUCCGGGCCGCCCUGUCCGCGUGCGGCCAGAGGGCGGAGCUGGCGGGCAACGGGCCCGGCUGCCCCCUGCCCCAGAGGAGGGCCCUGGCCUCCAGGCUGCUGGAGAGGGUGGAGGAAAUGAAGGCGCUCGGCGGCCAUUACGUUCACGAGCUGCAGCGGAGGGAGGACCGCAUCAGGGAGAAGCUGCUGGAGGACAUGGCCGCCCUGCUGGAGAGCAGGCUGGAAGUGAGGGAGAAGGAUGCGUGAAAUGAGUGCUUUUGAGCAGCCAUGGGCUUGGACAUGGAGUGUGGCACUUGGAGUGUGGGACUUGAGUAUUCAUAUUUUUGGGAGGUGACGGUGCUUGAAUAGUACUGGAGAGGAGAAACUUGAAUGUAUGCAGUUCUAUGGAAUUCUUUCUUUUUUUUGUAUUUUUUGUCAAUAAUUUAAGUAAGGGGUUAAAUCUGAAUGCUUGGAAGACUUGUACAUGCUUAGUUUUAACAUUUCCAUCUCCCUGCUUGAUCAAGCAGCACAUAAACAUGUAUGUGCCACCAGGGGGGCGAACUUCACAUUUACCUCAUUGGUAAAUCUUCUUGACCUUGGAAACCCCAGAACACUAGAGGUUUAACUUGCAUAAGCAGAAGUGUCUGCAGAUGACUGAGCUCUGAAAUUCUUUGACAAAGACGAAAAUGUGGCUUUCCACUGCAUGCUCUGGCAUUUGCUUUCAGGGUUGAAAAGGGGUAGCUGUCUCUUCCACAGUGUUUCAUUUGUGAGUAUUCAUUUGUCCGUUGGUUUGUUAACAUUCCGCAUUUUCUCAAGUUUAUGAAACAUGCCAAGAUUGUUGUUAUUAAUCAGAAUUACUUAUUCCUUUGGUCAUUAGCAGCUUCCACACACUGACAUUUGCAGAUUCCAGCUUUAACUAUACUGCAUCCAAACAAUGUAUAGAGAAGAGCUCAAUCACACCUGUGCAUACUUACAUGAAGGAAGUGUACACAAGUUCAUUACAGACCAGUGUAUCUUAAAACAAAUAUAUAAGGGCAAACAAUAUAUGCACAAAAUGCUAAAUGGCACAGUAUUAUAGAGCAUAUGGAACCAGUAUGAAUUGUUUAAUAAUCCCAUGUUGAAUGGUGGACACAGAUCAGACCUUGUCCAAAAUACAGUAGUUGUCUGCACAAAAAUGCAGAAACAGUUCAUAGGUUUGAACUGCUUCCUUUUUAGGUUUUUAGCUUUUUAGUGUCUCCCCUCCCCCUUUCUUACCCACUGGACAAGAGUAUUAUUAUCGUGUCACAUUUGAGUUCAGUUAUGAUGUCACAAUAGAAUACAAGCAAUACAUCUGAACUCUGCUGCUUUCAUCUUAAGACAUUACAAGAUAUGUAAUGCAUAUCAAAUUCAGGGUGCCAGUUGGAGUGCAAGUUAUAUAUUAUCUCCCAACAGUGGCUUUGACCCCAUUUUUACCCGAGCUGCUUAUUGCCCCUCUUAUAUCUCAAAGGAGUUUUAUCCAAUGAAAAGCCACAGAACAUUGUCUACAGGCUCUUGGAUUAAAAAUGAUGUCACAAUAGUGUGAGCCAAGGAGACAGAGAAAGGAGUGAUUAUGAGGGCAAAUGAAGAGUCAUAUUGUGUAAUGACUUAACCCUU